ACUCCACAUUCCAUACAAAAAGUCAUCAAAACCCACAUCCUUUCCAUCAACACCAACACACUUUCUGUAAUAUUUCCUGCUCAAUCCCCUCUAUACCUUCAAAGCGCGCCAAACUUAUCUGAUGUCCUCACCAAUCAAACCUCCCAGCGAACUCAGCUGUUUCUUCUAAUGUCAUUCAAUCAGCCUCGGCCUCUUCUGCCUCGGUUACGAAUCCCGUCAGUCAGCCUUUUCCAUGUCAAAAACAAUACUUAUCGGCUACGAUCCUCCUCUCUCCACGGCUCCUCUCAGCACAUCGAUAAGUCGUCCGAUGAGAACAAGGAGAGUUUUCCUCCAGGCACUCCUCUUCACCACGAUCCUGCCAUUAAUGACGGAAUUGUUUCCGCCCUGUCGUCUAUUCCUUCUUGGCUUGAAGAGGAUAUUUCAAGAGUGGCCAAUCCAACUCCUUCUACAUCCGACACUCACAAUCGCAUCGUGAUGCCUGUGAUUCGUGGACGGUCUCUCUCCCCGAAAGCGUUGUCGAAACGUUCAAGAUCAACUUCGCCUGAGUCGGACAAAGACAACAAGAUGAGACGCUUUAAUUCUUUCAGAGAGGUGAUUGAAGGGAAGCCCAAGUUGCUCGCAUUCAACUGUCCUAUUCUUCCGUCACCACCAGCACUUUUUACCAGCACCAUCAACCCACAACUGGAAAAAGAGAAAGCUCUGGAAUUUGUUACGAAUGCCGUCGGUCAGCCUUACCAUGACAAAGUCAAGACUUCUCUGCCGCUCUCCUCCGCUUCCCAUGAUGGCUCUCAGGACCUCGAUACAUCUUCUGAUAACACGGCCACUCCAACUUCUGGAUCGAAGCGAAAAGUUUCAUUUCAAGCACCGUCUAAUCCGCCGAAACUAAGAAGACAUGACGCUGCCUAUGACCUAAAAGCUGAGAUGUACGAUCCCUUUCUGAAAAGUGUGGAAAGUUGCAAAAGCUGGGGAAUCGAAAAAGUCGACGAGCUUACUGCUAAAAGACUGGAUCUUCGUUGCGAGGUGCUUCAUAGAGUAGUGAUUGGCAAAAUUCACAUUAACGCUAUUCCAUCCUGCGACCAGAUGAAGGAAAGUUUCGAAAUUUCUGCCGCCAUACACUGUUUGAACAAAUUGAUAGGAGGUUUAGACAGAGACGAGAAGCACCUCCAAAAAAAUACACAGGAUGUUCCUGAAGGAGAGAUUUAG